CCCAGCUCCACCUACAGUGGUAUUCCCUGCCCUCCAUGGUCAAUGGCCUGGGCCUUCCUGCGGAAGACAGUGGUCAUCCUGUGGCUGCUGCUGCUCUCCUGCCUGUCCCUGCCUCCCACAUGGGCUCAGACCAAGAUUCCUCCGGAAAUAGUGAAGCUGUGGGCAGAUACCUUCGGUGGGGACCUGUAUAACACUGUGACCAAAUACUCAGGCUCUCUCUUGCUUCAGAAGAAAUAUAAGGAUGUAGAGUCCAGUCUGAAGAUCAAGGAGGUGGACGGCUUGGCACUGGUGAGGAAGUUCUCAGAGGACAUGGAGAACAUGCUGCGGAGGAAAGUGGAAGCUGUCAAGAGGCUGGUGGAAGCUGCGGAGGAGGCUGACCUGAACCAUGAAUUCAACGCUUCUCUGGUGUUUGACUACUAUAACUCAGUCCUGAUCAAUGAGAAGGACGAGAAUGGCAACUAUGUGGAACUGGGAGCUAAGUUUGUCCUGGAGUCCAAUGCACACUUCAGCAACCUGAAAGUGAACACCUCCAUCAGCAGUGUGCAGCUGCCCACCAAUGUGUACAACAAAGACCCUGAUAUUUUAAAUGGAGUCUACAUGUCUGAAGCCUUGAACCCUGUUUUUGUGGAGAACUUCCAGAGAGAUCCAACACUGAGCUGGCAAUAUUUUGGCAGUUCCACGGGAUUCUUCAGGAUCUAUCCAGGUAUAAAAUGGACACCUGAUGAAAAUGGAGUCAUUGCCUUCGACUGCCGAAACCGUGGCUGGUACAUACAGGCUGCUACUUCUCCCAAAGACAUAGUGAUUCUUGUGGACGUGAGUGGCAGCAUGAAGGGGCUGAGGAUGGCCAUUGCCAAGCACACCGUCUCCACCAUCUUGGAUACCCUGGGAGAGAAUGACUUUGUUAAUAUCAUCGCGUACAAUGACUAUGUUCACUACAUUGAGCCUUGCUUUAAAGGGAUCCUGGUCCAAGCAGACCAAGACAAUCGAGAGCAUUUCAAACAGCUGGUGGAGAAGCUGAUGGUCAAAGGUGUGGGGAUCCUAGACCAAGCUCUGAGUGAAGCCUUCCAGAUUCUUAAGCAGUUCCAGGAGGCCAGGCAAGGAAGCCUCUGUAACCAGGCCAUCAUGUUGAUCACCGAUGGUGCCGUGGAGGACUACGAGCCAGUAUUUGAGAAGUAUAACUGGCCAGACCGCAAGGUCCGAGUUUUCACCUAUCUCAUUGGGAGAGAAGUGACUUUUGCUGACCGCAUGAAACGGAUUGCAUGUAACAACAAAGGUUAUUACACACAGAUCUCCACGCUGGCAGAUGCCCAGGAGAAUGUGAUGGAGUACCUGCAUGUGCUCAGCCGUCCCAUGGUCAUAAACCAUGACCAUGACAUCAUCUGGACAGAAGCCUACCUGGACAGCAAGCUCUUCACCUCACAGGCCCAGAGCUUAAUGCUACUGACUACUGUGGCCAUGCCAGUCUUCAGCAAAAAGAAUGAAACGCGAUCGCAUGGCAUUCUCCUGGGUGUGGUGGGCUCUGAUGUGGCCUUGCGCGAGCUGAUGAAGCUGGCACCUCGGUAUAAGCUAGGAGUGCAUGGAUAUGCCUUCUUGAACACUAACAAUGGCUACAUCCUCUCACAUCCUGACCUCCGACCCUUGUACAGAGAAGGGAAGAAAUUUAAACCAAAGCCUAACUACAACAGCGUGGAUCUCUCUGAAGUGGAGUGGGAAGACCAAACUGAAAUUCUGAGAACAGCCAUGAUCAAUGGGGAAACUGGUUCUCUGUCUAUGGAUGUGAAGGUGCCACUGGACAAAGGGAAGCGAGUCCUUUUCUUGACCAAUGACUACUUCUUCACACAUAUCAAUGACACACCUUUCAGUUUGGGAGUGGUGCUAUCCCAGGGCCAUGGAGAAUACAUCCUCCUUGGAAACAUGUCAGUAGAAGAAGGCCUGCAUGACCUGCUUCACCCGGAUCUGACCUUGGCCGGUGAAUGGAUCUACUGCAUCACAGAUAUUGAUCCAGACCACCGGAAGCUCAGCCAGCUGGAGGCCAUUGUCCACUUCUUGACGGGGAAGGACCCAAACCUGGAGUGUGAUGAAGAGCUGAUACGGGAGGUGCUGUUUGACGCAGUGGUGACAGCUCCCAUGGAAGCUUACUGGACUGGGCUGGCUCUCAACAUCUCUGAAGAGUCCGAGGACGUGGUGGACAUGGCGUUCCUGGGCACACGGGCUGGCCUCCUUAGAAGCAGCUUGUUCGUGGGCUCUGAGAAGGUCUCUGACAAGAAGUUCCUGACUCCUGAAGACAAGACCAGUAUAUUCACCAUGAACCACUUCCCUCUGUGGUACCGCCAAGCUGCUGAGCAGCCUGCCGGCAGCUUUGUCUUCAAUCUCCGCUCAGCAGAGGCAUCAGAUAGUCCAGGCGGGCCAGUGGUAGUAACAGCAAGCACAGCUGUGGCAGUGACAGUGGACAAGAAGACAGCCAUUGCUGCAGCGGUGGGCAUCCAGAUAAAGCUGGAAUUCCUCCAACGCAAACUCUGGGCAGCGACACAACAGUGCAGUGGGGUAGAUGAGCCGUGCCCAGUGAGCUGCCAGGACAGUGACCUGAACUGCUUCAUCAUAGACAACAAUGGAUUCAUCCUGAUCUCAGAGCAGUCCCAAGAGACAGGAAGAUUUCUGGGGGAGGUGGAUGGUGCUGUCAUGACCCAACUGCUCAGCAUGGGGAUGUUCAGCCAAGUGACCAUGCUUGACUACCAGGCCAUGUGUAAGCCCUCGAAUCACCACCACAAUGCAGCCCAGCCCCUGAGCAAUCCAAUCCCUGCCUUCCUGACUGCUACCAGAUGGCUGCUGAAUGAGCUCUUGUUGUUCCUCCUGGAAUGGAGUGCUUGGGGCACCUGGCAUGGGAACAGUGGGGCUGAGGCCAAAGCUGUUUUUCAUCACUCCCACAAACACAAGAAACAGGACAUGCUGCAGCCCUGUGACACGGAGUACCCCGUGUUUGUGCACCAGACGGCCAUCCGGGAGACCAAUGGGAUCAUCGAGUGUGGGGCCUGCCACAAAAUAUUUGUGAUGCAACAGAUUCCCAAUAGUAACCUCCUCCUCUUGGUGACAGACUCCACGUGUGAUUGCAGCAUCUUCCCACUUGUCCUGCAGGAGGCUACAGAAGUCAAAUAUAAUGCCUCUGUCAAGUGUGACAGGAUGCGCUCCCAGAAGCUGCGCCAGCGACCAGAUUCCUGCCAUGCCUUCCACCCAGAGGAGAAUGCCCAGGACUGUGGUGGCACCUCGGACAUCUCAGCCUCAUUCCCCCUGCUCCUGCUGCCGCUGUGUGCCUGGGCACUCCCACCCCAGCUUCUGCGGUGA